AUGAACGACAGCACAAUCGAAAUCAGUCAAUUCAGCACGUCUUUCCAAGGCCUCACAACUUCACAUGCAGCACUGACAGCCUACAUGUCCUCAACGUCAAUCUUGUACGAAAUGCCUGGGUCGAUUCGUAGCUCGCCCAUAAGUAGGCAAGUGGCCAUUGCAUUGGCUCAUGGGCAAGCGCUGAGCAUGACGUCGAACGUUCUUCCGACCACGACACUUGUCAGAGCGGCUCACCAAGGCAAGAAACGCGUUGGUGACAAUUCUACCUGCCUCGCAGAGACCGAAACUCAAGUGAUUUCACGGGUGUCCGUGGCCCAGCAUCCCUGGACCUGGCCUAGCAGAGCGAAAUACAGCGCGGUAUUUUGGCUGUUUGCGUUGACCAUCGCGGUCAACGUCAAUGGCGCUGGAUUUGCACCGAUCGCUGAGUCCGUGGCGAAGGAGCUCAACACCUCGAAACAGACGCUCUUGGUAGGCAAUGCCUUGUACUUUGUAGCACAGGGCGUUGCUCCACUGUUGUUAGCACCGCUUUCUGAGAUCCAGGGUCGGCUUGUGAUCUACAGUGUGAGCGGUGCCUUGUUCUGCCUCUUGUACAUUCCCCAGGCGCUUGCUCGCCAUGCGGCAGUGUGGAUCUUGGCAAGGAUAAUCCAGGGCUGUGUAGGCUCCGUAGUCGAAGCCAACGUGGGUGGUUCACUGGCAGAUCUAUUCCAUCCUUCACAGCGCGGCGUCAUUCUGAGCGCGUACGUGGCUACAAAUUACGUAGGCACCGGGUGCGGACCUCUGCUUACUGCUGCUAGCGCAUCCCUUGGCUGGAGGUCGCAGGCAUGGAUUGCAAUGGCUUUGGCGGCAUCGGUUGCCAUUGGCUUGCUGAUCUUUGGCAAGGAAACCCGCUUGCUGGACCCUGGUCGCGCAGACAUAUCGCCGUCAUCACCGCCUAACGAACCACUAGAAUCACAGUGUUCAGAGCGAAACGGGUCUGAUCGAGCCGACUCAAGAUCUUGUGGACGCGACUUAGCUCGUCCGCUGGUAUACCUCUUCACUGAGCCGAUCGUCGCCAUCUUCUCUGUAUGGAUUGGCUUUACUUUCGGGGUGUGCUAUCUUGUGAUCGAGAGCGCCUACAUCAUUUUCAAGGCUCAACCAACACCCUUCCACGGCUCCAAGGCCACCAUGGAAUACGGCUGGACCGACUUACAGACAAGUGGUGCGCUGUUGGCCUACGUUGCCGGCGCAUUGCUAGGCUUUCUCACAAGUCUGCAUCAAGAGAAGGUGUAUCAAGGAGUCGCGCGGCGAUGCGAAGGGCGACCAACUCCUUCUGAAGCACGUCUGGGCUGGUCAUUCGUCGGCGGCGUGACCUUUGCUGCGGCAUGCUUCUGGUACGCCUUCGCAGCACAACCCAACGUGCACCCGGCCGCCGCCAUUGUGGCCCUGGCUUUCAUAGUCGCCGGCGUGUUCCCAAUACACUGCGCAAGCUUUGCUUAUCUGGCAGACAUCUACGAGGAGUUUGCAGCUUCUGCACUUGCUGGCCAGACCUUUGUGAGGACUGUGGCCGCAGGUUGCUUCCCUCUCUUUGCAGAUGACAUGUAUCGCGCCUUGACGCCGCCAAUUGCUUCUGCAGUCUUGGGCGCUGUUGCUGCGCUCCAGUGCGCAAUUCCGCUCAUCCUGAUGCGAUAUGGGCCGGCACUGCGCGCGAGAUCAAGACGCGCUUGA